GCUCCCCUCGGAGUAGGGAGCGCGGGUGUGGGGCUCCAUCCCAGGACCUUGGCAUCGUGACCUGAGCAGAAGGCAGACGCUUAACCGUCUGAGCCACCCAGGCACCAUGAAACAUCUAACUUUUUUUUGAACCUUGUAAUAGCUCCAAGCCAAGAAACCUCAUGGUUUCAAGAAACCUACUUGAUUCCUUCCCUCAAACACCCUUUCAUUAAAUCAUUCCACUGUUCAGAAACCUCCAGUGGCUCUUUAUUUCUCAUUUUAUCAUGGCCUCUCCCCACCCCACCCCCAGCUUUUCAGGUCCUGCUUAAAUAAACCUCAUCUGACCUCCCCAGAUCUUUGGUUCCUCUCCACUUGUGUUGGUCUGCUCACCAUACAUGUGAGUUCCAGGCUCAUUCCCACUGCUGUAACUUUGCUGCUGCUUACUCUCCACACCUGGCCUAUCCUGACCUGGAGCCGAAGUGGGCAGCUCCCUGCCCUCCUGCCGUCCAGCCCAUCCACCUCCACAGCCCAGUGCAGGAGUCAGCUUUCUUGAGAACUUGCCCAAUCGUGCCAGCCCUCGCUCAUCACCUGCUCCAAAUUCAUGCUGAGGAUGUCGGCUUCCUCUACCACCCCUGCGCGCACCCUUGGCUGAAGCUCCAGCUUGCCCUCCUGGCCCACGUUUGUGUGGCCCAACCCUCACUGGCCCCUGACUCUAGCCUUACUCGGGAGCGGCCCCUGGCGCUGGCAGCGUGGGGGGUGGCGCUGGAGAUGGCGUGGGUAGAGCCGGCCUGGGCUGCCCACCUGCUGAAGAGGAGGAGACGGCGGAGGCAGAGGAAGAAGGCAUGGCUCUGCUCUGAUGGGCUUUCUGGGUCCUUGGUGCCAAGGCCAGGUAGAGGGAGGCUGUGCUGGAGAGGGUGUGUGCAGGCUCCAGCUUUGGCCUUUCCUCUUCGGAGCUGGCGGCCCCCUGGUGCAGCGGAGGCAACUAGAGGGCCCAGGCACUUUUCUCCUGGCGGUGCCAAGAGGCGUGGGCCGCGGGCUGCCCUCCGUCUCCAGCCCACCCCCUCAGGCCUGAGGUUCCCCUCUGCUUCCCCCCGGAGCCUGGAGGCCAAGCAGCCCAUGUUGGCAGCGCGGGGUGAGAGGGGUGAUGCGCCGUCUGUUCCCACUCUCCCCUUGCUGCCUGAGGGGCUCGGAGGCAACGCCAGCUCCAGGAUAGGGGCUCAAGUGCCCAAAGGGCAAAGCAGCCCAGGGGGCUGCACCUGUCCAGGGGAGGCUUCCCCAGCCCCUCGGGCAGCGGCGCCUCCUCCACGGGUCGCCCGGGGCCCCACCCCGCGCACCGAGGAGGCUGCUUGGGCUGCCAUGGCCCUGACCUUCCUGUUGGUGCUGCUCGCUCUGGCCACGCUCUGCACUCGGCUGCACCGGAACUUCCGGCGCGGGGAGAGCAUCUACUGGGAGCCCACAGCGGACAGUCAGGACACGGUGGCUGGUGAGCAGUUACCCUCCUUACACCCAACCCGGCCCUGGACCUCCCCGGCAUCGCUGCCAUUCUCUGACCGGUCGCACCGUGCCCGUAGCUGUGCUGAAGCGGAGGCUCCUGAUGCCCCCGCGCCGGGUCAAGCGGUCCCGCCGGAGACCCCUGCUUCCGCCCACGCCGGACAGCGGCCCGGAUGGGGACAGCUCGGACUGACCUGCCCCAGCCCUGCCGCUGUGGCCGGCUUGCUUUGUCUGCUGGGAGGCCGCGACCUCUGCCACGUGGACCCUGUGCAGGGCCGCCCCCUGGUGGCCAGACGGAGCAGUCCGCCUAAGCGUUGCGAGGGGCCCUGUCCCUGUGGUGUGGUUUGCUUCUAGCCCUGGGGAAAGGGGCCCUUUCAGCCUCCCUUGCCUGUAUUUCUAAUUAAAUUAUUUUGGUAGAGUUUGGGGUUGAACCU